AUGUCCGCACCAAUUCCAUUGCCAUUGCCGCUGUGGCAGCCAUUCCACGCUGACGACGAGGCGAAAAGUUCCGAUGAUUUCGCACGCCAAUCGAUGGAAAAUGAACCCGACAUUGAGCCUGGACAUGCGGGCGACCCAGCAGGAAGCAGAAGAUCGCAUGGCAAGGCCAACAUGACAAAGCGAAAAAGUCCAGAAACGGUCGAGGAAGAAGUAGACUCUGCUAAAGCAGUAUCGUGGAAACGACUGCGAUCAAUGCAACUCCUCAUCGACGCAACCCAAGCAGUCACACCAAAUGAAGCAGCUACACUUGGAAAUGCAAGCCCAUCUAAACGUCCAGUAUAUUUACAGACCCCCACUACGAACACCACCACCAUCACAGCGGCGCUGCCUGCCAAGGCUCGAUCACAAAUCACGCAGUCGAAUUAUGUGCUAACGCCGCCAGCAAUCCCAACCUUGGUGGCAGCAGAAUCUACUGGCUCCAGUAUCCUCACCAAAUGGAAAGGUACAGCUCGGGCAGGCAUUGUUGACCCAGUUUCCAGCGUAGUUCCCACCGUCGUGUCUGCUAUAUUGAGCAGUGGUAAAGCGCUAGCCCCUUCCCCCCAAGCCGCCCCUCCAAGAGGCACGCCCUUGACCACCUCUGCAGACGAUGACCAGUCGACAAAGUCUGCGGCGAUCGUGUUCAAGAAGUGUCCGACCAGGAUCGCCAAGUUGCUCGAUAAGAUCCGAGCCACCAAGCCUUGGCUCCAGUACACGCGCGUGGCGUCGUUUCUCCCUGAAGUGGCGCACGUCGACACCACCCUCGACGCCGCGGUGCGCAACUUUAACGCAGCCCUUCGCCAUUUCUGGGCGAUAAGCGCUGUGUUGCUAUGGGAGUCUCGGUUUUCCUGGCACACGGCUCGCUCGGCGAUUCGAGAAUUGGAGGACAACGUCGUGCUGUUGGUGGGCCAGUUGCAAUGGGGCCCCCCACCCAGCGUGGCCAGUCAUGACAUCCGAGCCCCCCCGUCACUGCAACAAAUAUACGCCAUGUAUGGGGACGCCGCCGUGGUCAAGUUUUUACGAACCCAAAGCCACCGGUUGUGGCCAGUGUACCCCCCCUCCUUUAUUCAACCACCACCGAGACCGACCAGCAUUAAGGUACCCAACCUGACGUGGCCACUCGGCGAAACGUUUGCGUUCGUGGCCGCGCGACUGUUGACGCCGACGCUGCUCGAAAAGCUGGUGGAUAUGGGCGUCGUAAACCCGACGCAAGCAUUUCGCCACAUGAGCAACGUGUCCCAGCGGUUUAUCCAACGAGGAUGCCCGCCCCCUCAAGAGCCAUACCCGUUCGUGUCGGUGGUGGUCGCAGACGAUCCGAUGGGACCGCAGUGGUCCCAUGGACUUGACCCGCCACCGACAAGUUAUAAGGCGCACGUUCCAACACUCCGACCGACGACUCCAUCAUUUUUGGUGAUACAGUAG